AUGGCAAGGAAAAACCAAGUAGCAUCAGCAAUGGUAGUAUCAGUUGUGUGCAUGUCAAUGCUGCUCCAUACUGGACUAGCCCACAUAGCACCCAACCCGCCACCUCAGAGGCCAAACAUACCAGGUCUACUCCCGCCAUUCUUGGGCAUAGAUUUACAGAAGUGCUGGUCAUCUAUUCUGAAAGUAGAAGGAUGCGCGUGGGAGGUUUAUAAGAUUCUUUUCAGUUUCCAAUUCGGCUCCAUCGGCCCUGCUUGUUGUAAGGCUAUUAGUAGCAUUGAAGAUAAUUGCUGGCCCAAGAUGUUUCCCCUCGCUCCUCUCUUCCCUCCAUUGCUCAAGAGUAUGUGUGUUCGCCCUUCACCGCCGCCUAAGGAAGUAUAA